AUGGCGGCCGGCUGGAACGCCAAAUUCACAGUGGAGACAUGGUCCCGCGGCGGGCCGGUGGCGACCAGCAUCGGCCUCGCCGUCGCCAGCCGUCACUCCGGCGGGCGGCACGUGUGCGUGGUCUCCGACGAGAAUUCCAGAUCGGAGUAUUUGCAAGCACUGCGUCAGGGUGGCGGUGGGAAUUCGAUUAAUAUUCUUCCGGCGGCCAAUCAGGUGGUGGUGGGGGAACCGGAAGAGGUGAUGCAAGGGAUGGAGGGGAUCGAUUUCCUUGUGGUAGAUUCGCGGCGGAAGGACUUCGCCAGGGUGCUGAGAGCGGCCAAGCUCAGCGGCAGGGGAGCGGUGCUGGUGUGUAAGAACGCUAGUUCGAAGCAGGCGACGAGCUUUCGGUGGCGGAGCGUUCUGGAUGGCGGGUCGACCAGGCGGUUGGUCCGGUCGGUUUAUCUUCCUGUUGGGAAAGGGCUGGAUAUUGCACACGUGGCAACUAGCGGUGCGGCGAGCAGUACCGCCGGCGGCGGGCAGAGUAAAAGCAGCCAGAGCAGGUGGAUCAAACAUGUUGAUCGAGAGUCGGGGGAGGUUCAUGUUAUCAGAAAGUGA